AUGGACGCAAUACAGAAAGAGCAUGAGAAGGUUUGGAACAGCAGUAAGCUGUCAAGGGCCACGGGUCAUGUUGACGAUAUCAUAAAAUCACUGCAGAGAGCGCGGGAUGCCAUUGCCCAGGAACCAAACUCCAGACAGAUUACUCUGGCGAAACUGCAGAAUCCGGUCAAGACGUCGUUUGAUGGCAUGUUCUCGGGACUGAAGGACACACAUGGACUGCACAACAAGUACUCAAGGGCACUGGACAAGGUCUUCAAGGACAAAGUGCCGAGCACCGAAAUUGAUGCACUCUCCUCCCACCCUACGUUGAUCAACCGGGCGAUAUACCUGCAUUUACUGCGGGAGGGCCUUUUCGAUGUCGCGUCGACGUUGCAUUCUGAGGCUGUCGAGCGACAGAGGACUCAGCAGGAGACUGCUCGACACCUGGGAUUAGACGUUCCGAUGGAUCACCCGCUGGGACUUGAUAAGAGCUCAGAGGAGAGUAUGCAGGAACAGUUUUCGAAUAUGUACCACAUCCUAAGUGAGCUCAAAAACAACCACAACCUGCAACCAGCUAUUGACUGGGCAAGAAACAAUGCUGCAGCACUUGAGGCCCGUGGAAGCAACCUAGAGUUCGAGCUCUGCAGACUGCAGUUCGUCAAUCUAUUCCUUGACCGCCGGGAGGAAGAUCAAUACGAGUUUGAGGCCCCUAUGCGUGCACUUCAAUAUGCACAAACCGAGUUUCAGUCGUUCCGUGGAAGGUAUUUGAUCGAGAUACAGCAGCUACUGGGAGCAAUCCCCUUCUCUUCCAAUCUGGAAGAAUCACCCUACAGUGUCAGGUUCAGCAAUCCGACGACUUGGGACGAAGUCGCCACACUUUUCACUCGAGAGUUCUGCUCCCUGCUCGAACUAUCUGCGGACUCACCACUCUACGUCGCAGCAACUGCCGGAGCAAUUGCCCUUCCAACGCUCCUCAAGCUGCAAACCAUCCAGAAACAGAAAAGGACAGAGUGGACGUCACAGAACGAGUUGCCCGUCGAAACGCCUCUUCCCCCACCCUAUCAGUUCCAUUCAAUUUUUGUAUGUCCAGUCUCAAAAGAGCAGACCACCGACCAGAAUCCGCCAAUGAUGUUGCCAUGCUGCCACGUCAUCGCACAAGAGUCGUUACAGAAGCUCAGCAAGGGUGCAAAAUUCAAAUGUCCCUAUUGUCCCGUCGAGAGCCAUCCAAAGGAGGCAAAGAGGGUCUUCUUAUGA